UUUUGUUUAUUAGUGUCACGAAACUUUCAUGUUUAGAAUAAAGUCAUUAUAAGAAAACUUGUGAAUCUCUCUGUGCUUCUCUAUGUGAAUGAUCAAAAAUAUGAGUUUAGUUUUUUUUUGUCAUGAAUUUUCUGCAGAUUAGGAUGGUUUUGCAAAAGAUUUUUGGAUUAAACUUUAAAAAUCUCAUCAUAUUGAAUUCUCAAAAAAAUGAUUUGAUGAUUUCGAUUGCUUAUCUAAGAUCACCUGAUGAAACAAGUCUUCGUCAAAUUUGGGAUUUGUUUUAUAAUUCUUGUUUUUGGUUCUGUUCAGCAACAUUCAUAGUGGUCAUGUUAAGAAGUUAUGCAUCUAUAGAUUAUGUGUAUGCAAUCUAGUAGCUUAGUGUUUUUGUUUUUCUGUAAAUGAAAUCAUUUGGAAUCUGUAAAAAAUAUUGAAUAUCUCGGUUUUAAGCUCGCUCUGUUCUGAAUUUGUAUCGCAUCGUUUAGCUUAUCUUAGGAAAAUGUCACAAUUCUUCGAUUUAGUUAAUAUUUUGCGUAUGGAGUGUCUCAUUAUCUAUUGUUAACAGUAUUUGAUAGAGGGACGGGACAUGGAGUAAAUAAGACAAGAAGCGUUGUAACACGACUUGUCGAAGGACGAAAUGUUGUACAAGAAACGUUUUGAAACGUAUGAAGAAAGUUCUAAGCAUAGUCAAAUUAGAAUGGUCACUCUAUUCGGACAACAGCUUUCAUGUCAGGUGUAUAUCGCAAAAGGCGAAAGCCUUGCCUCGGGAAGCUGCCUUAAUUCGAUGAUGAAAAAUUGUGAUCCUCAACUUCCUGCAAAUCAUGAAAGCUUCAAAUACCUAGAAUUUGACAGCAUUCGUUGUUCUCAAGAUACCUUAGAUCGGAGUUUUCCCUUGAGGACUGAAGCAAAUGGCUCAAGAUUGUUUGGCAAGAAAAGUGAGAAAGUGAAUAUAUCAGAUGGAUCAUAUUUGCUGGAUCUUAAUGAAACCCCGGCUAAUGAGCCGGUUUCCAAUGAUCAUCAAUGCUUCUUCCAAGAUCUGAACAUUCCGUACACCGAGGAGACGGAAUUGAGCUGUGAGAAGAGUGGUUUAGAUGGUGUCCAUGAAAAAGAUUGUUCAGCAUCUCCAGCUUCAUGUUGUGAGAAGAGCGGUUUAGACAGUGUUCAUGAAAAAGAUUGUUCAGCAUCUCCAGCUUCAUGUUGCACCGUGGAAAACAACUCAAGAACUGAGCUAGAAGAUUCAUGUGAGUUAAUUGACAAUGCAGCUGAAUGUUUACUCCAACUUUCAGCGGGUUUGUUCAAUCGAAGUCAGGAUUUCUCAUUGGAGCUUGGAUCAACAUCUAUCAGCUCAUCUCAAGAUCAAGAAUGUCUAAAUAAACAAGAGACGGGUGUCCAAGAACCAGCUCGUUCUUGCGAUUCAUUUGAGCUACACACUUUAAGAAUAAAAGAAACCAUCCCUGAAGAGAUCUGUUAUGUAUCAUCAAAGACCAAAGAAGAUGACUUGAGUAACAAGAAAGAGUCUAGAGUCAAGCUGAGAAGAGGGAGGAGAAUGAAGAAUUUCCAAAAAGAGAUACUCCCGGAACUUGUAUCACUCUCUAGACAUGAGAUACAAGAAGAUAUCAACAUCUUAGAGACGGUUUUGAGAUCAAGAGAAUACAAGAAGAUGCAGGGAAAGACUAAAGAUGGAAAAUGUAGACCAAACCCAAGAAACAACAACAAAGGUUUGACUCAGAGGUAUAUAGGUAGACGAAGGAGACAAGCCCGAUGACGAGAUUCCCCGGUGUUUUCAGUUUUAUAGACAUUGCUCUAGCUUCAUUGAUUUAGCUCAUUCAUUGAUUUUAGAAGACCAAGUAGAAACUCUUUAGUUAUGAUCUUCAAAUUCUCAUUGAACCUAUUUGAACAAUAUUCAUUACUUGCCUAGGGGUUGAUUCCGUGAAUUAGUUGAUGGGCCUAAUGGACUUGUUAAUUAUCAUUUACUUUAGGCCCAUUAAAAAUUUCAUCACUGUAAAAUUCUAAUAUUCUUCCUCUGCGCAUCCAAUGCACUUUCAUGAUUUCAUUUUCAA